UCUUUCUGGAGGCUUUAGCUGGAGCUCAGAUGCGCUCUGUGCGGGCUGUUGGAGGCAGCAGCGCGGCCGCGUCUGAAUGGAGCUGAGCGCACAACUUCUCUCCAGUCCUUCCGCCGCCGCUGCCGGAGUUUCCUCCAGGAUUUUGCUUCUUGCGACAAAACGAGCUGGACUUUACGACUUUACGCCUCGCCAACAUGUUUUCAGCAGCCUUGCUACUGAUGCUGGUCGUCAGGAUCCACGCGGACAGCAUGGAGGGACCAACAGCUGGCUGUACCUUUGAUGAGGACUCAGACUCUGGCUUGUGCGAAUAUCGACAGGGCCAAGAGGACGACUUUGACUGGCAGCUGAUCAGGACGUACAACUGGCCUCACCCCACACCGGAUCUUCUUCGAGGAUCCUUCAUGAUGGUCAACUCCUCACAGCAUUUCGGGGGUCAGAGGGCUCAGCUGCACCUGCUCCCGCUCAGCGAGAACGACACCCACUGCAUCCAGUUCAGCUACUUCCUGUACAGUCGCGACGGCCACAGCCCCGGGGCCCUCCAGGUCUUCAUCCGCGUCAACGGCGGCCCCAAGGGCAGCGCUGUGUGGAAUAUCUCAGGCUCCCAGGGGCACCAGUGGCACCAGGUGGAGCUCGCCGUCAGCACUUUCUGGCCCAGUGAAUACCAGGCCAUCUUUGAGGCCACUGUUUCCGAAGAACGACAAGGCUACAUCGCCUUGGACGACAUCAUGCUGCUCAAUUACCCCUGCUACAAGGUGCCUCACUUCUCUCGGCUGGGUGAGGUGGAGGUGAACGCUGGGCAGAACGCCUCCUUUCAGUGCAUCGCCACAGGCAAAGUCUCUGAGACGGAUCCCUUCCUGCUGGAGCGGAGAAGCGGCGUGGUGCUCGACUCGCCCUCGUUGUCGCGGUUGAGCCACAAGAGACUGAUGGCGACUUUCCAGGUGGAGGCUCAGCGUGGAGAGCAGGACCUCUAUCGCUGCAUCACUCUGUCUCCCAGAGGCGCAGCCGUCUCCAACUUCGGGGAGCUGAUUGUCAGAGUACCCCCGACACCGAUUGCACCCCCGCAGCUCUUGCGGGCAGGUCCCACCUAUCUCAUUAUCCAGCUUAACACCAACUCCAUAGUCGGGGACGGACCGGUGAUCCGUCGGGAAAUCCAGUACCGGGCCAGCCAGUCCACGCUGACGGAAACUCAUGGUGUCAGCUCACUUACAUAUAAGGUGUGGCACCUGGAGCCAGACACAGAGUACCGCAUCAGUGUCCUGCUCACCCGACCUGGGGAGGGGGGCACCGGAGCUCCUGGACCCCCGCUGGUCAGCCGGACAAAGUGUGCAGAGCCCAUGCGUGCCUUGCGAGGUCUCACAGCCACCGAGAUCCAGCCGCGGCAGCUGGCCCUGCAGUGGGAGCCGCUGGGCUACAACCUCACCCGCUGCCACACCUAUUCCUUAUCCCUGUGCUACCGCUACUCCAUGCCCACGGGAGGCAGCGGCGGGAACAACGCCACCGUCAGAGAGUGCCUGUCGUUGGAUCGCAACACUUCACACUACAUCCUGCGGGACUUGCCACCCUUCCGCGCUGUUCAUGUGCGGCUGGCGCUGGCCAACCCGGAAGGCAAGAAAGAGAGCAGAGAGGUCACCUUCCAGACUGAGGAAGACAUUCCUGGCGGCAUUGCUCCAGAGUCCCUGACCUUCACGCCGCUCGACGACAUGAUCUUCCUCAAGUGGGAAGAGCCCAUAGAGCCCAACGGUCUCAUCACGCAGUACGAGAUCAGCUACCAGAGCAUCGAGUCCUCUGACCCCGGCAUCAAUGUGCCCGGUCCUCGCCGCACCGUGUCCAAGUUGAGGAAUGAAACCUACCACAUGUUCUCUGGCCUCCAUCCUGGAACCACAUACCUGGUGUCCGUCCGUGCCCGGACCGCCAAAGGCUUCGGCCAGACGGCGCUGACUGAGAUCACUACUAACAUCUCUGCCCCGGUGUUUGACUACGAGGACAUCCCGUCUCCGCUGAGUGAGUCGGAGAGCACCAUCACCGUGCUGCUGCGCCCUGCCCUGGGCCGAGGAGCUCCUGUCAGUGCCUACCAGGUGGUGGUGGUGGAGGAGGACAGCUCCCGUCGGGUGCGGAGGAGGGAGCUGGGCACCGUGGACUGCUUCCCCACUCCAAACUCGCACAACGAGGCCCUGGCCAAAGGGGCCCCGCAUUACUACACGGCGGAGCUGGCCCCCAGCAGCCUGCCAGAGGCCACACCGUUCACCGUGGGAGACAACCACACCUACAACGGCUACUGGAACAGUCCUUUAGACCCCACCAAGAACUACCUCAUCUACUUUCAAGCCACCAGCAACUUCAGAGGGGAGACCAGGAUUAACUGCAUCCGGAUCGCUCGCAAACCUGCCUGUAAAGACUCUAAGAGGGCUCUGGAAGUGUCCCAGCAUGCUGAGGACAUGGGUCUGAUCCUGGGGGCCUGUGCUGGAGGCCUGGUGGUCCUCAUCCUGCUGCUGGGGGCCAUAGUCAUCAUUGUCAAAAAGGGAAGGGACUUCUAUUCUUACCCUUACUACCCCAGGAAGAAGGUGGCCAUAAACAAGGCAGCCAUGUCCUACAGGCAGGAGAAGAGUCGCAAGCUGAGCUCUUUGGACUGCAGCAUGACGGAGCAGAGCACUCUCCAGCAAGACGAGAGGAUGGCCCACUCCUUCAUGGAUGCCCACAGCUGCAACACUCGAAAUGAGCAACGUAGUUCCGUCAAUGAGUCCAGCAGUUUACUGGGGGGCUCGCCUCAACGUCAGUGUCGGAAGAAGAGCUCGCCGUACCACACGGGCCAGCUCCACCCGGCUGUCAGGGUGGCCGACCUGCUCCAGCACAUCAACCAGAUGAAGACGGCUGAGGGGUACGGCUUCAAACAGGAGUAUGAGAGUUUCUUCGAUGGCUGGGACGUCACAAAAAAGAAAGACAAGACCAAAGGACGACACGACAGCCUGCUCAGCCAUGAUCGCCAUCGAGUGAAGCUCCACUCUCUGCUGGCAGACCCCAGCUCCGAUUACGUCAACGCCAACUACAUUGAUAUUCGGAUAAACAGGGAAGGCUACCAGCGAUCCAACCACUUCAUCGCCACUCAAGGCCCCAAGCAGGAGAUGAUCUAUGAUUUCUGGAGGAUGGUGUGGCAGGAGAACUGCUUCAGUAUCGUCAUGAUCACCAAGCUGGUGGAAGUGGGCAGGAUGAAGUGCUGCAAGUAUUGGCCGGAUGACACUGAGCUGUACGGUGACAUUAAGAUAACACUGCUGAAGACAGAGACACUGGCAGAGUACACCGUGCGCACCUUCGCUAUGGAGAGGAGAGGUUACCCUGCCAAACAUGAGGUGUGCCAGUUCCACUUCACCUCCUGGCCCGAACAUGGCGUGCCGUACCACGCCACUGGCCUGCUGGCUUUCCUGCGCAGGGUCAAGGCCUCCACUCCCCCCGAUGCUGGACCGGUGGUGGUCCACUGCAGUAUGGGUGCAGGAAGGACUGGCUGCUACAUCGUGCUGGAUGUCAUGCUGGAUAUGGCCGAGUGCGAAGGAGUGGUGGACAUCUACAACUGCGUUAAGACCCUCUGCUCCCGUCGUAUCAACAUGAUCCAGACUGAAGAGCAGUAUGUGUUCAUCCACGACGCCAUCCUGGAGGCCUGUCUCUGUGGAGAAACCGCCAUCCCCGUCACCGAGUUCACUUCCACUUACAAGGAGAUGCUGAAGGUCGACUCUCAGAGCAACACCUCACAGCUCAGGGAGGAGUUCCAGACUUUGAACUCUGUGACUCCUCAUCUGGACGUGGAGGAGUGCAGCAUCUCUCUGCUGCCCAGGAACCGCGAGAAGAACCGCAGCAUGGACGUCCUGCCGCCGGACCGCUCCCUGGCCUUCCUCGUCACCAGCGAGGGGGAUAGCAGCAACUACAUCAACGCCGCUCUCGCUGACAGCUUCCUCCGGCCCGCCGCCUUCGUGGUGACGCCGCACCCACUUCCCGGCACCACCACCGACUUCUGGAGGCUGGUGUACGACUACGGCUGCACCUCUGUGGUGAUGCUCAACCAGCUCAACCAGUCCAACUCUGCCUGGCCUUGUCUGCAGUAUUGGCCUGAACCGGGACUGCAGCAGUUCGGACCCAUGACGGUGGAGCUCCUGUCUAGAACCGCCGACGAUGACGUUAUUAUCCGUCUCUUCCGGGUUCAGAACAUUACUCGGCUUCAGGAGGGCCAGCUGGUGCUACGCCACUUCCAGUUCCUGCGCUGGUCCCCGUACCGCGACGUGCCCGACUCCAGGAAAGCCUUCCUCAGCCUUCUGGCUCAGGUUCACAACUGGCAGCGGGAGUGUGGGGAGGGUCGCACCGUCGUCCACUGCCUGAACGGUGGCGGUCGGAGCGGAACUUUCUGCGCCUGCACCAUGAUCCUGGAAAUGAUUCGUCACCACAGCAUGGUGGACGUCUUCUUCGCUGCCAAAACGCUGCGCAACUCAAAGCCAAACAUGGUGGAGACGAUGGAGCAGUACCGGUUCUGCUAUGACCUGGCCCAGGAGUACCUGGACUGCUUAGAAGUCAGAUAGCACCGUUCCCAUCCUCCUGGUCCCUCCUGAAGGAGACGGUCUGGUUCCUGGAUCCUACAUCCUGGAUAUCAGUCCUUACACACCAUUGCCAAGCCUGGAUGAAACGUUAUGAUGAGCAAGCUGACUGGACAACGUGUAACAUACUACUGCUUCUCCUGGACUCUGAUCCAACCCGUCUUCUGUGCCAAACCAGAGGACUCCACCAGGAGUGGAGUGGACUUUAUCAGAACACUGUCAAGGCAGCCCGACUCAGUGAUGACCGACGGUCCGACGGGAUCUAAAGAGCUCCUCUGUAUCCUGCCUUAUUAUGAACAAACUGGAAGGGAACUCCAUCCACCGGGUUUAUGUUUGUUUGUAACACUGUAAAUGGUGCAAUCUGCUGUUGGUGACGCCCCAUGUUGUACUGUACUAUAUCUGAACCUAACUGUGGAUGAUGAGGAUGAUGAAGCUUAACCGAGGGUGGAAAGUGGGACAUUCUGUAUCUGUACAGUGGAUCUGUCUCUGAUUUCUCUUUAUUUAUUCUUCGUGUAUAUAGUUGUUUUUUGUUUUCCUUCCCCUCGGGUGUUUCUAGAUGUUUCUCUACGUCUUCUCAGUGUGCCAGUCCAUCCUUUGUGUCUGUAACUGGGGUUAGGGUUCAGCAUCUGCAUGCCCAGUCUUAAGUGUGUCAUUGCAGUGUGUGGCUUCUGGGUGGGGUCUGCGACGUGAAUCCCCCCCGCUUUCAUGAAAAUAACCAUGCUGUGAGAGAACAGCUAAAAUCUCUUGCUUUCUAAAUUUGUAUUUAUUCAAUGUGUUUACUUUCUAAAUAGUGUAAAAUCAGGAAAGGAAAUAAAAUAUGCUGUUAAUUAAAA